GAAGUCAGUUUGCCAGAGACACUGUGAAAUGAGGGAUUAGAGUCCGGGACCCAAGAAACAAGAGCAGCAGCCAAAAGACGAGCGAACGGGCUCCGAAGAGACUUAUAUUGAGAGGUCUGCCAUGGCCUCCCUUGGCGUCCAACUGGUGGGUUACAUCCUAGGCCUUUUGGGUCUCUUAGGCACAUCGAUUGCCAUGCUGCUUCCCAACUGGCGAACAAGUUCUUAUGUUGGUGCCAGCAUCGUGACAGCCGUUGGCUUUUCCAAGGGCCUCUGGAUGGAGUGUGCUACUCACAGUACGGGCAUCACCCAGUGUGAUAUCUACAGUACACUUCUAGGACUUCCUGCUGACAUCCAGGCUGCCCAGGCCAUGAUGGUGACAUCCAGUGCUAUGUCCUCACUGGCCUGCAUUAUCUCUGUGGUGGGCAUGAGAUGCACAGUGUUCUGCCAGGAAUCUCGAGCUAAGGACAGAGUGGCUGUUGUGGGUGGAGUUUUCUUCAUCCUCGGCGGCAUCCUGGGUUUUAUCCCAGUUGCCUGGAAUCUUCAUGGCAUCCUCCGGGACUUCUACUCACCCCUGGUUCCUGAUAGCAUGAAAUUCGAGAUUGGAGAGGCUCUUUACUUGGGCAUUAUUUCAGCCCUGUUCUCCCUGGUGGCUGGAGUCAUCCUCUGCUUUUCCUGCUCUUCUCAGGGGAAUCGUACCAACUACUACGAUGGCUACCAGGCCCAGCCUCUUGCUACUAGGAGCUCUCCAAGGCCUAGCCAACAGCCCAAAGCCAAGAGUGAGUUCAACUCCUACAGCUUGACUGGGUAUGUGUGAAGAACCAGGGGCU